AAAAAAAGCGGUGUUUUUCUUUUUUUGUUUAUCUCUGUCGUCUUUUCUCUUUUCGUCAUCGAAGAAGAGUUUCAUCUGGAUGGAGGAAGAAACUCAUCAUACAUCCAUCUAGAUCAAUAUCUGAAUUUUUUGGCUUGAUUUAGGAAGAUUUUUGGCUUGUAUAUAUCAGUAUGGUGCCCAAAUCUGAAAUUUUUAGUGGCCUGUGUUCUUGGCGAAUUGGGUUUCGGUGAAAUUGAGCACUAUCAUGAAUCGACUAUUCGGGAAACCCAAGCAGGAGUCUAAUCGAUCUUAACGAGACCAAUGAAGAAUGCGAGCACUUGAUCAGCCUUGCGAAACCGAGCAUGGUUAAGUCAACUGUGGUUGAUGAGAAAACUGGUGGGAGCAAAGAUAGCAGAGUAAGGACUAGCUCAGGAACUUUCCUUAGAACAGGACAUGAAGAAGUUGUCAAGGUGAUUGAGAAAAGGAUUUCAGAUUUCACCUUCAUUCCUGUUGAAAAUGGAGAAGGUCUUCAAGUUCUUCACUACCAAGUUGGGCAGAAGUAUGAGCCUCACUAUGACUAUUUCUUAGAUGAGUUCAACACCAAGAACGGAGGACAACGUAAUCUUUAUGGCUCCAAGUUCCUCAUAGGAUUCGUUGAAUGCAUCAAGUGCUUCCCUUGCUAGAUUCAUAACCAGAGGUUGUAUUUCUCCAGGAUUAUGAUUCUUCUCUCCAGAAACUGGAAGAUUUACGUCUCUCUUGUAAUUCAUCACUUCAUGGCUUUGCCAAAUCCUUGACAAUGGUUUCUUCUUUUCCUGUGCUUCCACGACCAGCUGUUCCACUCUACUCCCGCUCUCUUGUAUGUUUGUGUUGGUAAGUGGCCUUCCUUCUUAUUUGCGAAAAUUCGGAACCAAUUAAGAUUACAAUUAAUCGUUUGUAAUGUGUUUUAAAUAUGCUUUUAUGAAUUGUUUGUUUAAAAUCUUAUGAAAUA